AUGCAAUUGUCAGAUAAUGAUAAUACUAACAAUUUUGUUCAUAAAGAAUGUGAUCAUGUAGUUGAUGAUGACGUUGGUAAUGCGGAAACCCGUUCGGCUCCUGGAGAUCUCGAGAAACCAUCAUCUUCUCGAGAAUAUUACUUUUCUCAGGAUAAUGGAAUUGGUACAGAUUCUGAAGCUGUGAUAUCUCCAUUAUUCAAUAUUGCUAAUGGUAAUUCGCAGCUGUGCAAACCGGAUGAAGUCAAUAAAAGACCUGUUGAAUAUGUUUUUUUUAGAAAUUAUAAUAAUGGUUUUGCCUCGGGUCCGCCAUGGCCAACUCAGAAACGAGAAAAAUCUUGGUCUACAGUGUGUGUAUGGCGAAAGCAACAGCAAAUUCAAGCUAUCGAGAAUGAAAUCAACGUCAUGGCAACAGAAUCCUUGGUCGGUAUACGGAAUUGGAGACCGAAAUGGUUGCAACGAUUUGGUACAAGGAACUGGAUGUUACUGUGGAUGUCUUGGUUCUGUACAGUGCAAGGAUUGCUUGUAAAUGGUUUAGUUCCUUCUGCAAUUACUUCUAUUGAACGAAGAUUUCAGUUCAACUCAUCUACAAUAGGUCGUAUCAUGCAGUUUUAUGAUUUUGGCUAUGUGCUUUUAUGCAUACCCGUUUCUUAUUUUGGAGGACGUCAUUCAAAACCAAUGGUACUUGCAGUGGGACUAUUACUUAUGGCUCUGGGCAAAAGCGAGUUGAAUUACUUAGCUCCCAAUAUGUCGCCGUAUUCUCUUAUAUCAGCAGCUAGUGUUGAAGCUUUACGGAGUUGUCCAUCACCAGAAAAUCAGGCACGCAUAAUUUUCGAAAUCGCAAUUAAUCCUGGUACUUUUCGCUAUGUUUUCUUCUUCUGUCUCGGUCAUUUUCUUCAUGGCAUCGGUGCAACACCAUUAUUUACGCUCGGUGUAAGUUAUAUAGAUGAAAAUGUUGGUCCAACGUUAUCUUCACUUUAUCUUGGUGUGUUUUAUGCUUUUGCGAUUUUUGGACCAGCUUUUGGGUUUUUGAUGUCAAGCUCGUUUUUGCGCUACCACACUGAUUUUUUACAAUCGGAGCUUCAUAUAAAGAUUUUGAAUAUCGAUGAAACUGACCCAAAGUGGGUCGGUGCUUGGUGGAUUGGUUUUCAGGUUGCUAGUACUUUAGCCCUUAUUGCUGUUUUUCCCAUAAUGGUUUUACCUAAAGUACUUCCGGAAUCUCUUAAAUGGCAUCGUACACGAUUACAUGAAGAGACAAUAAGUGGUUCAAAAAAACGUAGUCCUGAAUGUUGUGGUAUUUCUUCAGUUAGUAAAACGGCUGCUGUAUGUGGGCCACUUAUACCUGCUGAUGGAGAAGAAAAUUCUACAGCUGUUCAAACAAUUAGAAUUGGUGAAUCUAUGCCAGCAUUACAGAACAAUCGUGGGCCAAUAUGGUAUCACAUAUGGCUUGAUGUGCGACACAUCCCGAUUGCUAUUUAUCGAAUAAUAUCAAAUGGGAGCUAUAUGCUUAUAACUUUUGCUAUGGCUGUUGACGGAUUCAUCAUAACAGGCGCCUCAACAUUCAUGUCCAAGUAUCUUGAAAGACAAUUCAGUGUUGCUCCGAGUAAAGCAAAUAUGUUGAUUGGUUGUAUAAUGGUACCUAUGGCUGGGAUAGGGACAAUGUUUAGUGGAUUCAUUGUCCAGCGAUUUCGUCUAAGCUGUGUCAAAACAUUGAAGUUUUGCAUAAUGUUAUUAAUGUGUACACUUGUUCUUUCACCAAUGUACCUUGUUUACUGUGAUCACGAUCCUCUUGCUGGAAUUGAGGAAUAUUAUGAAGUAGAUGCUGUGUCGAAUUCAAAUCUAAAUGAUAAUGGUUCGAAAAUAUUACCCUCCUUAAAAUCUGCUUGUAAUUCUCACUGUGACUGCGUUCCGAGUGAGUAUCAUCCUGUAUGUGCUGAACUUCGCAAUGACAAACAGAUCUCGUUCUAUUCACCUUGCUUUGCGGGUUGUCAAGAAAAAUAUGAACAGCUGAAAAAGAUGUAUUAUAACUGUUCAUGCAUACCUGAAAAUACAAGAUUUGGGUACAGAACCGUAAAAAGUGGGUUAUGUGAAUCAAAAUGUAGAGGACUUUUCGGAUUUCUGGCUUUAUUCGCUCCGUUCUGUUUCUUUGCAUUUGCUAUUGGCGUACCACUGAUAUCAGUCGUGUUAAGAACAGUUGAUUAUGCUGAGCGUUCAUUUGCUCUUGGAAUUCAAUGGAUUUUGGUGAGAGUUAUUGGUACCAUUCCUGCCCCUGUUCUUUUUGGAUGGAUGUUUGAUGUGUCAUGUAUUCGUUACAAUUUAGAUGCAUGCUCAGGCAAACAAGGAAGCUGUAUGUUGUAUCAAAAUAAGCUUUUGGCAGAUCUUUUUCUUGCUUUCAGUGUGGUUGGACAGACAAUAGCCAUGACGCUGUUGGUGUUCACAUUAUUAUUUUUUUCAUCGCAAAUGAGGGAUGACCCGCUACCCACUGAGGCAGUUAUUGACAAUACAGGAUUAUCUGAAGCUAAUGAAGAAGCAGAGGUGGAACUUCUGUAA